ACAGAAGAACAUAAGAAUGUUAGGAUUAUUAACUUUACGCCGAGUGAUUUUUCGUUAGAUUACCACACAAAAAAGCAAUUUCUCUCGUAAUUCAUUCGCGACAAAGAUUGUAAUUCAUUUACGUGAUACACUUUUCUCUAAAAUAGACACGCUAGUUUAUCACACGUUCAGCUUAUAAUAUUUCAUUUUGUAUGUAAAUAUAGGUUUAUUGACUUUUUAAAUGUUGUCCGUAGGUGCAACAACAUCUAAAGCCUAUUUGUAUACGGAUUAUGGAACGGCCAAUCAGACGGCUGUUAAUUUUGAUGGACAAGUUAUCGUAACAAUAUUGGCGAUCUGACCGUGGAUUAGCGUACUACAAGAACAGCAUACUAUAGAGAACCGAACAAAAUGGAUUUAUAUUCAUUCAUACGCAAAGAUGAUUAGAAACUUACGAGAAUGGAGUUUACUUAGCGCAUAUCGUAUAAUUUUCAAAGUGUUAUUUUCUAAAUGGAAAAGAUGAACAAAAAUGAUUUAUGUAUUUAUUGUUUUCUGGUUUUGGCUUCGGUGUACAUUAGCUGAUCUGAACACCCAGUGUGAUACACACGAUCAGUCAAAAUCUUACAAUUCUUUCCUGUGGAAAGUGAAGAGAGACCCACCAGCAUAUUUCUUCGGAACAAUACAUGUGCCCUAUACUAGGGUAUGGAACUACAUUCCAGAAAAUACAAAAAUGGCAUUUGAUCAGUCAGACAAUAUUGUAUUUGAAUUAGAAUUAACAAACCCUUACACAAUAUCUGCAUUAGCAAAUUGUCAGCUUCUCCCAGGGGGAGAAAAAUUAGCUAAUAUCUUGCCAGCAGAAAUUUAUACACGAUUAAAACAACAUUUGGAAUAUGUGAGAGUAAUGUUACCAGUGUGGAUGACAGCCGAUCAGAAAGGUCGGGGACUAUAUGCUGAUUAUUUGUUUAAUGCUAUAGCUGGAAAUUGGGAAAGAAAACGACCAGUAUGGGUUAUGCUUAUGGUCAAUUCUUUGAAUGAACAUGAUAUAAAAUCUCGUGGAAUUCCAGUUUUAGAUCUAUAUUUAGCUCAGGUUGCAGAGAGGGAAAGCAAAGUUACGGGUGCUAUAGAACGGGUAGAAGAGCAAUGUGUUCCUUUGAAUGAUCUGAAUUUUUCACAGGUAGUGUUUGCAUUGAAUCAAACUUUAUGGAAACAUGAACUAUCAAGACGAUUGAAAAGUGAAUUCCAAUAUACAACUGAGGAUUUAAUCCACCAUUAUAAUUGUGGAGAUCUUAACUCUGUUAUAUUUAAUCGUGAUUUAUCAAAUAUUCCAAAUCUAGUCAACAAUACGUUACCUCUUAAGGACUUACAGACAGCUAAACUCAUUGACAAUUAUUUUAGAAUGGAACUAAUAGAUAAAAGGAAUGAACGGAUGGCAGCUCGUUCUUCUAGUUUACUUAAAGCUCAUCCCGACAAAACUUUCUUCUUUGCUUUUGGCGCUGGUCAUUUUUUAGGAAAUGAUACAGUCAUAGACAAAAUGAAGAAAGCAGGAUUUGAAAUAGAACAUGUACAACCUGGUGAUAAAAUACCUCUGUUGAAUGGAGAGAAAAAAAGAAAACACAGGAGAAGAAAAUUAAAAGAUAAAAACAGUAUAUAUGGAGAUAUAUGGUUUGAUAUGGAUGAAGAAACUAGAGAAUGGUUAGAAAGACAAAGUGAAAGACAGAGAAAUUAUAAAACAAGUUUCACAAAACCAUUCAAUGAUUUGUGGAUUAGAAUGGAUGCCAACAGUCCUAACUUAUACUCCAAGUUAGCAGAGAAAUAUGGUUACGACAGGACGGAGAGACCAACAGACAUCCCAUAUUCCAGAGCAAGCACCUGUUACUGCACCAUUCAAAUGCUCAUUCUACUUGUGAUACUAUUCAUUUAUCAUUCCUAAUUGAUUGUCUUUCUAUUGUGUUGAUAUGUGCAAUAUCCAUGUAUUGUAAAUGUAUUCCAUAAUGUGUACAGUGUAGACUUAAAGCAUGCUGGAUCAAAGAGAAAAUCCUUUUAUUUCCUAUUUAGUUUUUUAUUUCAAUUUCCCUGAUUAUUUCCAAAUUUAAAAAUAUUUGGAAAAGGGAGACAACUUCUUGGUAUGACAACAGUUUUGUUGUUAAGUUUGUUUAACAUGAAACCAACAUAAAAAGUGUCAUAAAAACACUGGUGAUGUUUCCUGAAAUAUUUUAAUGAGUUAAAUGUGCUAUUUUAUGUAAUUGAUACAAUUUUUAAGAGAUGCUGUUUACAUAGAUAUGUUUUGAAGUUUUGUUAUUCACUUCUAAAGCAACUAGAACUAUUGAUUAUGUUCAGUGUUUAUUUUUUCUAAUGAAAACUAUUAAAGGGACAAUAUGAAGCCAGAUUUCUGCUUGUUAAGUUUGUAGUACAUGAA